ACCACCUAUCAUUCUAAAUAAUGAAUGGCUACUAAUAGCUUGCAGAUAUAGUGGUUUGGCAUAUUCUUGGGCAGUGAUCGCCGCCUCAGGGUCAAUCAAUACUGUCAGGGAUGACUGGCCUUCGUAUCAUUAUGAUCCAGUGAGAGAGAGAGAGAGAUGCAUCUUCACGCAAGGGGAAGAUAUGAAAUUGAGCAUUGGGAUGCAGUUGCAAGAGGCAGUGUUCCUUUUAGGGGAUUGGUGGGUGAUCCUCAUUUGUCUGCGCCACCUCCUUUCUGGAAUGGUGAUGAAGGGAUUGGUGGGAACAGGUCUAUGGAGAAUAAUCCAUGGAGCUAAGCAAAGCAGCAAGUCUCGAGUGACUCAUCAGUCUCAAUGCAUUCUUAAGGCUUUGAGUUCUGAUCCAUGGGAAAAAGGUUUUAUAUGCUUCAUUCACCAUGGUAGCUGCAGCUGCAGUGAUCAAUGUGCAUGUUUGCCUCCACUCCAAUAUGUUGAGUUAAAGAUCUGGCAUCCACAAGUUCUCGAACGAAUCUCAAAGGAGUCGAUCAAGUCUCCUGCGUGCAUCUCGAAGCAGGAUCCAAGUCCGAAUGAACAUGCUAUGGAGGCCUCAUUUCACUGAAGCAAAAAGCACAGACUCUUUCGUUGAAGGAUGACGAAGACUGAUCCGGUAAGUUUUCCUCGCUAACAUGUGUUUCUUGUUUGACUCGAAGUUAUUGGACUCGUCUUCUCUAUUUGGAGACCAUGCAUGGAUCUGAGCAGAGCCCAUCGAGCUUCCGCACGAGUUUUCCUCUCUAAGAGGUGCGAGACCUUAAUGAUCAUGAUUGCACAUCUGAUACCCCCCCCCCCGCAUUCAGGGUUGACCGACCCGGAAAACAUUAAAGGGGUGAUGUGGAUCGGCUGUGAUUUACGCUCUCGCAGGUCUGUUGCGGUGGGGGCCCGUGCAUAUGGGCCUUUGAGAGACCACGUAGAAUGGUCUAUGUAAAAAAUAAUAUAUUAAUAAGAUAAUUGUACAAUACGUACAAUAAAUAAUAAUUUAUUUAAAUAAAAUAUAUCUUUAGUCGGUCAAAAAUUUUGAACUGAAAUCCCACCCCACUGUGUAGGAUUUCAGUUACUUCCAAAAGUAAGUUUUCAAUGAUAGUUCUUUUUUUAUUUUUAUGUGAUGACUACAAGCAUAAUAAAAAAAUAUAUAAGAAGCCAACGAAAUCAGAGGUAUACAUCUAUAUAUAUGAAAAGACAACAAAAGAAUGGUUGUUGUCUAUAUUAUUUUUUUAUAUACAUGUAUAUGAAAAGACAACGAAGUCUUUUACGGGCGGAAAUCGAAGGUAGCAAUACAGUUAUAUCUAGCCGUGGAUUUUGAUCAAAGAUGAGAAUCAUAAAAUUAACGGCUGGAGAAUGCUCACUCGCUCUAUGUGGCGUCAUGCGCCGUCAGUGCCGUGGUUGGAAUCGACGGAUGAUUCCAUGUGGGACCCGUAUGUGGAACGGUUGCCUUCUCUCACAACAAGGCGUUAGUCGGGUGGUCAGCUUAAUCCACGACAAGCGGUAAGUUAACCUCGAAUGUCCAGAUGACCUGGUCGAGUGGGAGCGCCACCGACGUCUGAGGUUCUGGUCACCUCGUGUGAGAGUAAGAAGAGCAGAAUUUUCGGUGAUUUGCUGCCGCUCUCGGACUUUUGGGCUUUACUUUACCUGACGCAUGGGCGGUAAUCGCACGGGUGAACACGUGACUCCGUAUGCCCUUUAUAUGCCGGUGCGGAGGCGCUUUGGCGGGAAUCGGAGCUUUUCUUGGAGUCUUCCACAUGAGUUCUGGUAUUUAGCAAGGGAAGCGAUUAGGAGGCGGUGGCACUAUGGUGGGUAGAAACAGGCGUCUCCGAUUGCGCCUGUGGUUGAUCAUCCUGAAGAUUCUAGGACGGGAUCGGUGAGUCAUCUUCCGUUUCUUCGAUGUUUUAUUUCCUUUUCUUUGUCCUCUCUGAGAAUUUCUUGAGAUUUUCCUGUUCUUGGACGGCGAUUUAUCUGGUAAUCCUGCUCGAGUCGAUGGUUUUGUUUGGUCCUCGUGUGUCGAAGCAUGAAAUUUCUGAGAACCAAAUCGGAUUUGAGCUACUUGGUUUGAGAUCGAGAAUACUGUUGCAUCAUGAUAAGCUUAUGGGUUUGGAGGGUUAUUUGGUUCGUAUUUCUUUUACAUGUUGCCGUGUCCAUCUUUCACUGUCGAUGCGGUAGGAUUCCAUCAUACGGAUCCCCAUCGGGUAUUGUCAGAACCAAGUAUUUCUUCGGAGUCGAUAACUCGUGCGAUGAUUGAUCUUGGUUUAAAAAGGAUCCAGGGGCGUGUCACAGGAGCCCCCCGCCAUGGGCGGAGCCGAAUCCUGAUUAGGGGAGGCAUGGAAAUCCUAGAUUCUUCAUUUUUUUCCCCCUCAUUUUACUUGUGUUUUUCAAUAUAUUCCAUUUUGGCAGGAUAGUAUGCUUGAUCUUGCUUUAAGCAUGAAGCAAACUAUAUUGCAUCGGCAUGAGAUUUCUAUUCGAUAUGAAAACAAAAUCACGUUAUUCUGUUAUUUAGGAUUAUUAUGAUGAUGACUUAUGGAACUUGUUUUUCUGUCACAAAUAUUAACUAUUUUUUUAUCGGUUGAAUAGUUGCAUUUUACUUUAUUAUUAUUAUUUUCAUAAUCAUUUUAUCUUUUAUUGAUUGCUUAUUUUCUAAAAUAAAUUAGCAUCACCUGUUUUUUUUUUUU